AGAAGUAGUCCCAUUCUAGAGGGAGUACUCCAUCACUGGAAGGGCUUCUACGCACCAUUCUCUUGUCAACGCGUCUGAACGCUUUUGUUUGUUGCUGUUAUUUGUGGUAGCGUUGUGUGGUACCGGGCAUCUUGUGUAGUGCUUCAUUUGUUUCCUUUUUCUUUUCUUCUAUUCCACCCGCUCGAUUGUUCCGCCCUUAAACUCGAAGGCGUUUGCGGCGGCUCUGAAACGCGACCCCCACACUGUUGCACCCCGACUCCCAUCUCUCUCCCCCUCCCCCACCUCUACAGCGUCUGUCCAACGUCAACGGUGGAGUAUGCACAACCUACACACAUUAUUCGCAAGCUUUGCUUCUGACUCCACUAUCAUCAGCACAUUUUGUUUAUUAUUAUUAUUAUUAUAGUUUCCUGCUUCACUUUACCCCUUCCCAGCAUAUCGUUACUUCGGUAACAGCGAAACGAGAGAACCACGCGCGCAUGUGUGUGUGUGUGUUUGUGUGUGUGCACCACGGUGACACAUUUUGGUUCCUCCAUUUUAAACAUCUUUAUUUUUUCUUUUUGAUUCAUUUCGAGUAGACAUAGACGACGUUCGCAAACCUAUAUAUAUAUAUAUAUAUAUGUGUGUGUUUAUAUUUUCCCUCCCUCAUUUCUCAUUCAUUACUCCAGGUUCUAUUAUUUAUCUUCGCUUCUUCACUCAAAUUCGUCACGUCUUACGCUGUCGUGUUGAGCGGACAACGCGCGAAAAAAUGCAGGAUUGGAAGAUCGCCGUGCUCGUCGUCAUCAUUGUCGUGUUUUUGGUGCUCGCGGCGCUGCUUCUCUUCUUGCUCUAUCGCUUUGGCAACUGGCGCCGCUUCACACUUCACCGAAAGAAGAAGACGUUACGGUACAUUGACGAUGUGGAAGAGAACAUUAUUCGCAACAGGCUGCAGGAAGGGGCAACGGACAGCAGCGACAUGUACCAGCAGCUUUUUCUCUACGACCCUCGCCUCCAUCCCAGUCCUCAUGUGAUGUACCUCAUCGAUUUUCAAGGAGAACUGUUGAGCUUGGACUUUAAGAAGAAGUCGCUGCACAACGUGAAAACGGAGCCGGAUCUGCAGCGCUACCUGUUCGACGCCUUCCACCCCACCAUUGAGGAGGGCAACAGAGUGACGGCGGUGACGCCAGAGAUGCUCGCCCUCUCCUACGUCGAUGACCGCCAAGCUCUCGUUGUGCUGGACCUCAACCGUCUUCUUGACCGCGACGCCGAGUUUGGUGCGCGGAUGCAGCAUACGGCAGAGCGCCCGUUGCUCUUCUCGCGCCUCGUGCCGAACGGCGUGGACGGGUCCGUGUACACCACCCUUACACGCUUCGGCUACUCCGUGGGCGCGCCGCCGUCGAUGCGGGUUCGCCCGGAUGGCAACUACCUCGUGGCACCUCCGCAAGCCCAACAAUCGCAGCAGAUUGCGGUGGAUGUUGCCGAAUCGCGAGCGAAUCCGAUUGCGCGGAUGAAUCCGAUGGCACGGGCGUCGGCAUCGUCCGCCGCCGCCGCGGCAGCGGUGCCGCCGUCGGCGUUUCCGGGAGCGGCGCAGUAUCCGCCGCCAACGCACACCACCUCCCUUUAUGUGCCAGAUGUGCCUGGGAUGGCGCCUGCGCCGAUCAUUCACCCUUGUGGCAGCCACCACAUCACGACCAACACGCCCAUUACCGUUACGGCGGCAACGUACACGGUGCUGCACAGCAACGGCACGCGCAGUGUUCUCGAUGCGGCCAACACGGCUCUCAUUGAAAGCGCACGCUUGCAGUGGGACCGCCGUCAGAGCCUCGUGGUAACGCUCGUGUCGGGGAGCUUUACUGGGUAUCAGUGCGUAGUGGACCCUGUCACAGAGAACGGCAAUCUCUUUCCCCCGCGAGGCGGUGGUGGCUUCGCGGAGCCGAUUGUGUGCCAGCGAGCAGACGCACUACAGUACACGGUGGAACGGGUGAACUCGACGCAGUGGCUGCCGGUGGAGAGGGCGUUGUACCUCCCGGGAGGGCGGUGGUGCGUGCGCGCGCGCGCCGUUCUGUACAGCGAUGACAGCAGCAAAUCCUCCGCAAAGGUGUUCACGGUAAACGUGAUGUAA